ACCGUAAUAAUGUGUAUAACUGUCAUAACAUUCCCUCAUCGCUGCGGGAGGAAAGAGGGUUGAUGUUCAGACAUGUUCGCCAUUGAAUCGACUGCUUUUGUUGGAGCGAAAUAUAACCGUUGUACGGGUUGUUAUGCUGGUGCGUUUUAGGCAACGAGAAACCGAAUUUUCCCUCAGUUGUAACGCCAAAGCGAGCACUAGUUUGUCAGCGAUGCGGAGGGAUACGCGCUGCGCCUCCCCAGUCUACUUGUGUCCAGGAUUCUGAGGGACAUGGAACGGGGAGGCGGAGGGAAGAAACGGUGGAAAACGAAAGAAAAUCUGUAAGAGUAGAAAUUACAGCAUAAGAGCAACGCGAACACCCGCCGGCCGUGGCCCGUGCGUGCUAAGAGAAAGCCGGGGGCGUUAGAAACGCGGAGCGUGCGCCGGUCGGAGGAGUCGAUCCGGAGAGGAGCCGGGAGUUGUUGGUGAGCAGCAGUUGAAUCGCACCGGUGAGACCUGCUGCAGCGCGUCACUUCGACAGAGGUCCUGAUCUCCGUUCCCACAGGCAGCCCACACCCCCGCCCCCCUUCCCUCCAUCAGUGCUGGUGACCCAGCUCUGGACCGCUUGCUGCAGGGCCCUUCCUGAGCAGCAGCAGCUGCGUCCUGCUUGCUGACUCCCCUCCCUCCCCUGCUUCCUGUCCUUGGUCAGACAAGGCUAAAGCCUCCUCUCCCUUACCCCACCCCUCAUCUUUUUUUACACACACAGACACACGCAUUCCCACACUGCUUUAGACUACUAGCAGUGAAUUGACCCCCCCCCCCACCCUGCGCCCCCUGUAGCGGCCCGCCACUACACAGGUCCUCCCUUUCACCUCCACUACAGCAUCUAGCAUGACCUCCAUGUCCAGUCUCUUCUCCUUCACGAGCCCAGCGGUGAAACGCCUGCUCGGCUGGAAGCAGGGAGACGAGGAGGAGAAAUGGGCUGAGAAGGCGGUGGACGCGCUGGUGAAAAAGCUGAAGAAGAAGAAGGGUGCCAUGGAGGACCUGGAGAAGGCCCUGAGUUGCCCCGGGCAGCCCAGCAAGUGCGUAACCAUCCCACGGUCACUGGACGGCCGGCUGCAGGUCUCUCACAGGAAAGGUCUUCCGCACGUCAUCUACUGCAGAGUGUGGCGCUGGCCGGACCUCCAGUCCCACCACGAGCUCAAGCCCCUGGAGGUGUGCGAGUACCCGUUUGGCUCCAAGCAGAAGGAGGUCUGCAUCAACCCAUACCACUACAAGCGAGUGGAGAGUCCUGUGCUCCCUCCGGUCCUGGUACCGCGGCACAGCGAGUUCAACCCUCAGCAUAGCUUGCUGGUACAGUUCCGCAACCUCACCCACAACGAGCCGCACAUGCCCCUGAACGCCACCUUUCCAGAGUCCUUCCAGCAGCCGCCCAGUGAUUGUGGCAGCGGAGGAGGGGGUGGAGGCGGUUCUUUCCCCAUCUCUCCAAACUCUCCGUAUCCCUCUUCACCAGCCAGCAGCGGUACUUAUCCAAACUCCCCCGCCAGCUCGGGGCCCUCCAGUCCAUUCCAGCUCCCAGCUGACACCCCACCCCCAGCCUAUAUGCCCCCCGACGAGCAGCUGGGUCAGGAGAGCCAGUCCAUGGAAACCAGCAGCAGCCUGGUGCCUCCGAACGUGGCCAGAGGAGACGUGCAGCCAGUGGAGUACGAGGAGCCGAGCCACUGGUGCUCCAUCGUCUACUACGAACUCAACAACCGCGUGGGCGAGGCCUACCACGCCUCGUCGACCAGCGUGUUGGUGGACGGCUUCACUGACCCCUCCAACAACAAGAACCGCUUCUGCCUCGGGCUGCUGUCAAACGUCAACCGCAACUCCACUAUUGAGAACACGCGCAGGCACAUCGGCAAAGGGGUGCACCUGUACUACGUGGGCGGGGAAGUGUACGCCGAGUGCCUCAGCGACACCAGCAUUUUCGUCCAGAGCCGUAACUGCAAUUACCACCACGGCUUCCACCCGACCACCGUGUGCAAGAUCCCCAGCGGCUGCAGCCUCAAGAUCUUCAACAACCAGGAGUUCGCCCAGCUGCUGGCCCAGUCGGUCAACCACGGCUUCGAGGCCGUGUACGAGCUCACCAAGAUGUGCACUAUCAGGAUGAGCUUCGUCAAGGGCUGGGGAGCAGAGUAUCACCGACAGGACGUCACCAGCACCCCCUGCUGGAUCGAGGUGCACCUGCACGGGCCCCUCCAGUGGCUGGACAAGGUGCUCACACAGAUGGGGUCGCCCCUCAACCCGAUCUCCUCUGUGUCCUAAUGAUGGACUUGUAGGAGCUUUUCGGAGAUCCCUUUUUUUUGUAUUUUAUUUUUUACUUCUCACCCCUGCCCCCCUCCCCUCCUUUCCCUCAGCAAUUGAUAAUUUAACGUGGUCUUAAUGGCUGACCUGUUUACACGUAACUUUUGGGAAGGGUAUUGAACUCUGGCUGGAUAUUCAACACAACAGACACAGACCGAAUGCGCUGUUGCAUGCGAAGCCCGGAGAAAGAGCGGCGACGGCACGGACACAAGCCUGCUCGACACAGCCACGACCCGCCGACAAUCCAGGGGUCCGCUGUCACACUUGAUUUAGUUCAAUUUUUUUCUUUUUCUUGCAUCAUGUUUUUAUUGUAUUUCUCUGUAUGUGUAGUUUUUUUUUUUUUUUUUUUAAAUGCAGCAGAAAUGUCUCACUACUCUGCCCUGUGUCCGACAGACUAAAUGGAACACUUUUUUUGUUUUUCUCAUUUUGUUCAACAUCAGAUUUUUACAAAGAAGACACUAGUUUGUUCACCAUCAGGCUGAGUAACGGCAGACGCUUUCUGUAUGAUGUAAGCCAAACUGAUGGGGUUUUUUUUAACAUGGGAGAUCAGUCACUGAAUACGUUUAACAUGCCAUAAGCUAACCACAUUGUGAAUGCUACAUCCUCUGCAGCAGAAGUAGUCAGCCAUCAUAUAAUCACACAAUGAAUAUCGCUAUUGAUUCUUGUUUGAGCUCUCUGGUUCAAGCAAGGGUGACUUUAUUCUCCAUACUCACUGUAUUAACAAUAUUGUGCACUCAUGGAUUUUGUGCUGGCAUAUACAAUUUUGAUGUGGGUACCAAGGCAUUAUGUUAAUAGGUAAUUGACUUCAUUAGCACGAUGAAAUAAACUGGUUAUUUGUUAACAAUGAA